CGUAUAAUAAUAUUCUUUCCUCUCUGCUCAGGGACCCGCGUUAUCUCUCCUGCAGUAUCGCACCAUCCUCGAAAUUUCCCUCCUCUCUUCUUCUUCUUCUGAUCCAAACAAAAGCCACUCCGUUUAUAUACAACAACAACAACAACAAAAACGAAGUCAGUAGUUGAUCGGACAAUUUCAAUCUCUAUUAACAAACAAAUAAAUAAUCAUGAGUGCUAAGGUACAGGGGACGAGAACACGAGUAGGUAAGUACGAGUUAGGGAAGACCAUAGGUGAAGGCAGCUUUGCCAAGGUCAAGGUCGCUAAAAAUGUUGAAACCGGUGAUGUUGUUGCCAUUAAAAUUCUCGACCGUGAGCAAGUCCUCCGUCACAAGAUGGUCGAACAGUUAAAAAGAGAAAUAUCAACAAUGAAGCUGAUUAAACAUCCCAAUGUCAUCAAGAUUUUUGAGGUCAUGGCAAGCAAAACUAAGAUUUACAUUGUUAUCGAGUUUGUUGACGGAGGAGAGCUCUUUGACAAGAUUGCUAAGCAUGGGAGACUUAGAGAGGAUGAAGCCAGGAGAUAUUUCCAGCAGCUUAUUAAUGCCGUGGAUUACUGCCACAGUAGAGGCGUUUUCCAUAGAGAUCUGAAGCCUGAGAACCUUCUUCUUGAUUCACACGGUGUUCUUAAAGUCUCGGAUUUUGGAUUGAGUGCACUGUCACAACAAUUGCAGGGUGACGGGCUGCUUCACACUGCCUGUGGAACACCAAAUUAUGUCGCACCUGAGGUUCUCAAAGACAAAGGUUAUGAUGGCACAGCAUCUGAUGUAUGGUCUUGUGGGGUCAUUCUCUAUGUACUUAUGGCUGGAUACUUGCCUUUUGAUGAAACAAGUCUUAUGGCCUUAUACUUAAAAAUCUGCAGUGCUGAUUUCACUUUUCCAUCUUGGUUUUCAUCUGGUGCAAAGAAACUGAUAAAGCGUAUUCUUGACCCAGAGCCUCUUACAAGGAUAACAGUUGCUGAGAUUAUAGAAGAUGAAUGGUUCAAGAAAGGAUACAGGCCACCACAAUUCGAGCAGGAAGAGCAUGUAAAUGUAGAUGAUGUUGAUGCUGUUUUUAAUGAUUCGAAGGAACAUCUUGUUACAGAAAAGAAGAAGAAACCUGCAUCGAUGAAUGCAUUCGAGCUUAUUUCUAAGACACAGGGAUUUAGCCUUGAGAAUUUGUUCGGGAAGCAGGCAGGUGUUGUGAAACGAGAAACCCGUAUUGCUUCUCAUAGCCCCGCAAAUGAAAUUAUGUCUAGAAUUGAGGAAGCUGCAAAGCCUCUGGGGUUUAAUGUCGACAAACGAAACUACAAGAUGAAGCUGAAACGAGACAAAGGUGGGAGGAAGGGCCAACUCUCUGUAGCAACUGAGGUGUUUGAGGUAGCUCCCUCUUUGCACAUGGUGGAGCUCCGGAAAAUUGGUGGUGAUACGCUGGAGUUUCACAAUUUCUACAAGAGUUUCUCGUCAGGUUUAAAGGAUGUAGUCUGGAAAUCUGAUCAAACUAUAGAAGGAUUAAGGUCAUAGCAGAACCUUUCCUGCUGGGUCCAGUACUUUACUCAUUCUUGGUAUUUGUUUUAUAAAAGUUUUGAUCGGUUGGCGUGGUGGUAGGGAGAAUUGGAAUUGGAGCUCCCAAAAGAUGGACCCUUGUUCCUGCAACGCGCCCCCCCCCCCCCCCCCCCCCCCCCCCCCCCACACACACACACACACACACACACACACACACCGGCAAUUCAUCCUUUUCCCUCUUCUUUUUCGCUCACUCUGCAUUCAUUUCCUGACCUGAAUAAAUCGAGGUUUUUCAACUUGAUGAUGGUCCAUUCAAUGGGAGAAACCCACCAUUUGGAACGGAAGAAUUUAAAAGAUGGCUCUUGUGAGUUCCAAGAGGUUCUAUUUAAUGGAAUUUAUUGAAAUCUCUCAUCGGACCUGUUACCACUGAACCAGUGGUUUUCCUUCCCUCUUCCUCCUGUGUUUUUUCUCCGUGGUGGUUCAUAAAUCCAACAUCAGAGAAUUGAAAGUAAAAUCCCACAAGGAUUUCAAUCCCCAGUUGAAGAAAUCGAAAAUAGACGAUGAAAAGAAGAAAGCAUGUUUUAUAUGAUUUGGCUAAGGAAAUUUGUAAAAUAUAUGUUGCUUGGGCUUAUGAGUGCCAUAAGAAUUAAAUGUAAAAUAUACGAUGCCUGGGCAUAUGAGUGCAUAUUGUUUCCCGGGAAUCGGAAACAUCAACGUAAUUGUGAAGCCUGGUAUGCUGAGUUGCAAGCAAGGUCAUUAAAACCAUUUUUCCAACUAUGAUUUCGUAAAAUUGUGAGAUUUUAUAAACUAUAUUGUUCAUCCACAAA